AUGGAUCUUGAUCCUUACUUCGUGAUGUUCUCCAGUAUACCUUUGGUUAUACAAUUGAAAGUCAAUCUAACAUUAACUAUUGCAAUUGCAAUCGAACGCAAUCUGGCUCUAUUCUCACCAUUUCUUUAUCGCAAGCUGCCCCCUAUUUAUUUCGCAACAUUUUCGCUAUUUCUGGGAUUCCUAUUCGCUGCUUGGGAUCUCAUGCUUGAAUUUGUUAGCUCACCUAUUGUCAGAGUUCCCAACUGCCCUGCGUUAGGAUGCUUCUUGCAAGAUGAUUUCCGUUUUUACUGGGGAACGAGUAGCAUGGUGAAUGAGCUUUGCGUUAUUAUACUGACAACAACGAUUCUUGUAAAACUACGCCGCGUUGAAAAACGGUUAAGGGUUGCAAAAAUAUUUCUCGGUAAAGAGUCAAGUGGAUUUAAGCAGGGAAAUCGGAUAUCACUGGGAAUUUUGAUUAUUUCCUUGCUUUUUGUUACGCUGCCAAGUGUGGCCGCUGGUUUCUUCAGAAUAGCGGGAUUUUCAUUUUUUAAGACAGUGGGGCUUUUUUACAUAGUUGGGCUAUUAUGUGCAGGUGAAAUGGUCAAAUCUAUCUGCUUUAUGUAA